AUGCUCCGUCAGGCCUCUGGUAACCGGGGAGACUGGUUGCUAGGAGACCAGGCUAAUAAAGGACUAGCUCACUACCCAAAAGACAAGCAAUCCGGCUUGGUGCCAGAAAAGGAGCACUUCCGAGGCAGCCAUUUUGGAGUCUGGCAAAAUUCAGGAUCCAGGCCAAAGACAGGAAAGCCAAUCAAUAUACACAAACAGGGAGGAGAAAAGAGGAUGCCGAUAAGGACACAAGGAAAGGGGCAGCGGGCCUUUGUCAUUUCCCAAAGUUUCCCAGCGGGAUCCCAGUGCCCUCCGCCCUUAAUCAAGAUGGCCGCCUUGGGGCUCUAGCGCACGGUGGAAUAUGGCGGUGCUUCCGGUCCCGAUGCCCUCAGCGAAGAUGGCGGCAGUAGAGAAGCGGCGGCCAGCGGUAGCACCACCGGCUGGUUUCACGGACAGCGGCCGCCAGUCGGUAUCCCGGGCGGCGGGGGCGGCCGAGAGCGAGGAGGACUUCCUGCGGCAGGUCGGCGUGACGGAGAUGCUACGGGCGGCCCUGCUGAAGGUGCUGGAGGCGCGGCCCGAGGAACCGAUCGCCUUCCUGGCCCACUACUUCGAGAACAUGGGCCUGCGCUCGCCUGUAAACGGCGGCGCCGGGGAGCCCCCGGGCCAGCUCCUGCUGCAGCAGCAGCGCCUGGGCCGCGCACUGUGGCACCUUCGCCUGGCCCACCACUCCCAGAGGGCCGCCUUCAACAACAACGUGAGCGUGGCCUACGAGUGCCUGAGCGCCGGGGGGCGCAGGAAGAGGCCAGGGCUGGACGGACGCACCUACAGCGAGCUGCUCAGGCGCAUCUGCCGGGACGGCCAGGCCCCCGAGGAGGUGGUGGCGCCGCUGCUGCGCAAGGUGCAGUGCCGUGACCACGAGGCGGUGCCGCUGAGCGUCUUCCGCGCGGGCACGCUCACCUGCUUCGUGCUGCUGGAGUUCGUGGCGCGCGCCGGCGCGCUCUUCCAGCUGCUGCAGGAUCCGGUCGCCGCCGUGGCCGACCGCCGCGUGGGCCAGGCCGUGCUGGACACCCUGGAGGGCGCGCUGCAGGCCAGCGACGCCGCCGCGCCCGCGCGCUUCCUGGAGGCCGGCUCGCGCCUGGGGCCCGACAGCCUGGCGCUGGCGCUGGACCGCGCCGUCGGGGGCCGGCGGCCCAGCGCGCCCAUGACCCGCGAGGAGUUCCUGGAGAGGGCGGCCGCGCUCUUCAUCGCCAAGGUCAAGCCGGUGGGCUGAGCCCCGUGCGCCGCGCGCAUCCGGGAUCUGCACUGGGGGUCCCCGCGUGCGGGGCGCGCGGAGCCUUCCCCUCGCCCCAGUGAGGGCCUGCAACGAGGCGCCCAGCCCUGCGGAGGAGGCCGGGGCUCCCAGGAAGCGGACGCCCCCUCCCCAAACAGCUUCGCGGCCUCCCCUCCACCCCCGCGGGAGCCCCUGCCCCGCGCUAAUAAAAUCCGUUGCGAGGCUGA